AUGUCUUCACCCAGGAACCUCCGCCGCUUUCAGCGUUCAUUUGAGCAAGUCUUCAGGACGUAUCGCUCCACUGCAAGGGUACAAAACCAACCUGCCAUCCGCGCAUUCUCCAUCCCUUCCCGCCAACAAACCAUCGCAUCAUCACCUGUGAACAAAACCACCCGCCGCCACAACUCCACCGACUCAGAACCUCAAACCCGGGCUCCACGGCCGCUCACAGACCGCACUCAAGAAGGUCAAACCCCUUCAGAAACCUCCACCCAACAACAAUCCGACGCCGACGCCAUCGCGCUCCGCAAAGCCAUAUCCCCGGCCUACCAACUCUGGUUCACAUGCAAAAAGUGCCUCGAACGAUCUGGCCACACCAUCUCUAAGCAAGCCUACCACUUCGGUACUUGCGUCAUCAACUGUCCGAAAUGUAAAUCCCAGCACCUGAUAUCGGACAAUUUGAAGAUUUUCAACGACAAGAGUAUGACAAUGGAGGAUAUCGCGAGGGAACAUGGACAGCUGUUGAGGAAGGGCAGGUUAGGUGCGGAUGGAGAUGUGGAGUUUUACGACGACAAGGCGACGGAUAUUGUGGAGGAGGCGGCGAAGAAGGAACAGGAGAGGUUGGAGAGGUUAAAAGGUGAAGAUGAAUGA